AAUUCCGACACUUCCGGUGCUAUCGUCCAACGUGAUUUGCGGUAAUUUCAGUAAACCCAUGCAGAAGUGUCAACGAUAGAUUGGUGAGUUGCUUGAAAAGUAAUCCAACUCAAAAAGGAAUGGAAUCCCAACUGCUAGACAUAAGCGAAAAAUGAGCAACAAUUGCACUCAAUGGAUUUAUUGCCACGAUGUGAGAAACAAAUGCUAAGUGUCGCCUAACUAGCAGCGAAAUGCUAGUUUGCAACCGCCAUAACUUAGCUAGCUCGCUAGGUACGUUAGCUCACUUAGCUUGUUUUGGUUAGCUUGUUAGCAUGCUUAGGUUUGACAGCAAUCAAGAUUUGACAUGGACAUUUUAGCUAAUGUGCUGUUAUUUGGAUAGCAACAUACAGUAGCUAUACAAUAUUUGAGUACCAGGUUAUUAGCAUCGCUAGUGAAAGUUAUCUAGCUAGGUAAAGUUAGCUUACCUACCGUGUGCAUUGCUAGCUACUAUGGUUGUCAACAGGAAAGACUUCCUACACUAAUAACUCAAAACGUAAGCGGUCAUCUCCUGAUCUAACGUUGAUAUUGGUUAGAGAGAAUGGAGAACCACCUUUGACGGUCCUGUUUUUUUUGUUAUACUGGUAAUUAGGUACUAUAGCUAACUACUCAAAUUGCAAACUUGAGUUAUAGUGUCUCUAAAGCAUAAAUACAAUGUGGCUCCAGCAAAGACUAAAGGGCCUACCAGGUCUGCUGUCAAGCAGCUGGGCUAGAAGAAUGCUCAUUGGACUGCUGUUUUUCCUAAUCUUCUACUGGUACCUUAGCUCAGACGGUGCUUUGAGGUUGUUCAGUGGCUUAGGCCAGUCGGGCGGGCCAGCAGGACAAUGCCUCCAGACUGAGAUCCACAGGUGGAAGUCACUGGUGGACCGGGGUGAGGGAAUCUACACUACUCCCCAGGAGAAAGCGGUCACGCCUUUCGUCUCAGGUAACGGCCAUUUCCUGGUGGACAUUGACUCCAACAGACUGUGGGUGGCCUCGUCCUCCCAGCCCGGCUCGGCCCCAGUUUACCAGACUGAGUACUCACCCAUCGUGGGCAUCCACGUCCCGGGGAUGCGGGCCAAGGCGAGGGCCACCAUGCUAUGGUUCCGCAAAGGGGCUGUCCUGUCCGUCCGAUGCGUCCUCCCAGGGGGAGCCGGCAGCCUCGGAUCAGCCCGUGACUGCCUCACCAUCCGAGAAGAGUUCAUCGCCCACCGCAGCCGGCCCAAUGUCUUCCUCCAGAGGAUCCACAUCAACAACCCCUCUGAGCGGGCCGCCACCAUGGAGGUGUCCACCGAAAUUCCCUCGUUCGGGAGCAAGUUCUCAGCCAGUGUGGAGAAGGUGGAGGACAAGGAGGUCGUGCUGUCAUUGGGCCGCGUGGUUCUGCCUGAAAAGAACCAGAUAGUGCUGGUGGUGGUGGCCACCAAUAAGCUUGGCAGCCGCAUCCAGGUGGCUGCCAAGUCAGAGUUUGCAGAGAAUGUGUUGUCGGUGGUGUGGAUGUCGGAGCCCAUCGAGGCGGCCAAGCUGGAGGAGACCUUCACCAGGCUCCGGGACGGAGCCAAGAAAGAACUGGGAGAGCUGCUGAGGGCCAACGUAGAAGAUCUGGUCCAGGACCACCAACAGGCCUGGAUGGACCUCUUCAUCUCUGGGGUGGAGAUGCGUAAGAUCACCGACGCACACACGCCAUCCAGCGCCACAGUCAACACCACGCUCUACUACGUCCUCUCGGCCUCGCCGGCUCCACUGCUGGACCGCCGUCUUGGCACUGAGGAGCGCGCCCGCCUGGAGUCCAGCCUCAACUACGCCGACCACUGCUUCAGCGGGCAUGCCACAAUGCACGCUGAGAACCUGUGGCCGGAGCGGGUCAGCAGCGUGGCCCAAGUCCUGCAGCUGGUCAACCUGUGGACCCUCACCCUGCAGAAGAGGGGCUGCAAGGUGCUGGUGGCGGCGGGCGCCCACGGCGUUAUGCAGGGUGCCGUGCUCAGCUUCGGAGGCCUCUCAUUCAACGAAAACCACCUUCAGUUCCAGGCAGACCCGGAUGUACUGCACAACAGCUACGCGCUGCGGGGAAUCCACUACAACCAGGACCUGAUCAACCUAGCUGUGCUGCUGGACUCUGAGGGCAAACCCUUUCUGCACGUGUCAGUCAAGCCCCAGGAGAAGCCCGUGGCACUGUACGCCUGCGAGGCGGGCUGCCUCAACGAGCCGGUGGAGCUGACGUCGUCGCUGGUGGAGGCCAAGGGCCACGUGUUCCCUGUGAUGGUGACGCAGCCCAUCACUCCGCUGCUCUACAUCUCCACGGACCUUCGCCACCUGCAGGACCUGCGGCACACGCUGCACCUCAAGGCCAUCCUGGCACACGAGGAGCACAUGGCCAAGCAGUACCCGGGCCUGCCCUUCCUCUUCUGGUUCAGCGUGGCUUCUCUCAUCACCCUCUUCCACCUCUUUCUCUUCAAGCUCAUCUACAAUGAGUACUGGGGCCCCGGCGCCAAGCCCCUCUUCAGGAGCAAGGUGACGAAGCCAAGUGAGGAAAUGGAAGCUUAGGAAGCAGCCAUGACAUCACAGAUGCAGAGUAGCAGCCAGCGAAUUAGAUUGCCAUAAAGUGUGUUACUGUUCAUGUCAUCUGAUUGAGGUCAUUAUUUGAUAAUGAUAUUUGUGUUGAGAUGGUCAACGUGUUGAUUUGACUUUCGACAUGUUGGAGCUGAAUUCAGAGAAAAAAGCUCACAUUGCCUGAUGAGGUCUUUCAUUGGCAAGGCAAGUGAAAGUCUGUCAUUCUUUACAAUGCUUCCAUUCAUUUUGGCAGAGCGACCUGUCUGUUUGAAUGAAUACCACCAUCAUCAUACACUAUGGGUGAAAGAUGCCAACCGAUUGGUUGUCACUCACUGGCAAAACUCCAAAUGGAGGCUCAGGUCUCAAAGGUUGAAGUAUGAGUGUGAUUGAAAGGAAUCGUCUUAUUUUCUUUCACAUUAUUGGUCCUGUUGGUAAAUGUUAAUAUCCAUCCUUGCUUUCUUUACUUGGAAGUCUAACAUGGUCUAAAAUGAUUGCAUUGGUAAAGGGUUCCACUAUCUAGCUUUCACCAAUGUUGUUGUUACAGGGAAUGGGGGGAUGGAUUUUCUAAUUAUUUAAACAGAUCAAUUUCCUAUACACCUGUAGUCUAUUUCCUGCCAAGCUUAAUAUAGUCAAAAUUAAGUAUUUAAAAAAUCUGAGGAUCAGCUUGUGCCGAGCAAGUGUCAAUUCAGUCUAAAGACCCAUUGAUAUCAACCUGAUGCUAAAUUAGCAGGUCCGUCCGGCAGUGUGCAUUGGGUCUUAAUUUCCUAGUGGAAAAAGUGAGUCUUAUUGGUGAAUUGCUCUGAGUCUGCCACUCAAUGCACUUCUUCAAGACCUCUGCUUCUGAACACCAAACAUUGCUAAGGUGACCAAAAUAUAUUCACUUCCUGAUCUUUUCCUGUCCCUUUACAGGAGAUGUAGUAGUCAUAGAAGUAGAAUCCUAGGAUAGGGAUAUAUUUUAUAUGGUUCUAGUCACUGCGUUGUGCUGUUUCUACCAUAUAGAAUUCUGGAAUAUGUGAGUUUUCCCUUCCCUGUUUUUCAUGACAUCUCAUGACUGAAAUAAUUGGCACCCUUCAUAAAGAUGGUAUAUUGUGUUUGCAUUUUUUUGUUGUUGAAAUUAUAUUUUAUACUAAUACAAUUUCUCUUAAUUUUUAGUUUUUUUUUAAUAAGUAAUACAAAAUAUAUAAAAGAUGGGUCAAUUUUUGGCACCCGUUUUCAAUACUCCGUCACCCUCCCCUUGAGAGGAUAACAUCACUGAGCCUUUUUAGGUACUGGGUUAUUUUCUGCCUAUCACAUCCUCUUUUCAAUACCAAACCCACCACUGGUGUGUGUGGCCAAAGAGCUCUAUUUGCAUGUCAUCUGAACAUAGCACUGGUUCCAAUCCAAGUCAGUGCCAAUGCCGUUUAACAAACUCCAGGCAUUUACAUUUAUUGGAUGACAUGAAAAUAGAGCUCUUUGGUCACGCACACCAGUGGUGGGUUUGGUGUCAAAAGAAGGCUGUGAUGAGCAGAAAAAACCUCAUACCUACUGUAAAAUAUGGUGGUGGAUCUUUUUUAUGGGCCUAUUUUGCUUCAACUGGUUAGGGCCUACGGCAUCAUGAACUUUACCCAGUAUCAGGACAUUUUAGCCAAAAACCUGGUUUCCUCUGCCAGGGGGCUAAAACUUGGCCGCAAGUGGAUCGUCCAGCAAAACAAUUACCCCAAGCACACAUCAAAUUACACAAAGAAUAUGUUUAAUUGAGCACAAAAAAAAAAUGUUUUAUUGCAAUGGCCAUCGCAGUUUCUGGACCCCGUUUGAAAACCUGUGGUAUGAAUUGAAGAGGGCAGUCCAUAAGAGUAGACAAAGGAUAUCAAGCUCUAGACUCUAUUAUGCAAAUUAAUCUACCAUGAUUGAGUGAAUUUAUGCGCUUAAUGUUGUUUUUAAAUACUCCAAAAUUACUAGAUAAACUGAGUCUACCAAUCCCAUUUGUUGUGAAGUGUGAAUUGUUUUCUCGUUCUUAUGUAUUUUUCAUCUUUGUUCAUAUAGAAUUUAAGGGCUUUUUUGAAUCUGUUAUUUUGAUUGUAACGAACUACUGAGUGUGCCUUUUUUUUAAUUAAUUUAUUCUGAUUACACCUACAGUUUGGUUGGAUUGUACUUGAAUAUAAUGUCAUUUGAGAGAAAAUAAAAAUGUGUAUGUUAUUGUAAAUUGAUUUGGAUAAAUUACAAAUGUAUACAUAUAGACUUUGAAUUAUAAAUUUGUAAAUUUGUUCAAUUAAAGUAUGCUGUCAGAGAAAUUGUUAAACUAUUUUGUCAAAUCUAUGAAGUUCUAUUUGUAUUCAACAGUGAUUGACUUGGGCCGGAGCUGACCGAAACGCUGUACCUUCUCUUCUAGUUUGGGGGGGAAUUGCGUACCUGCUCCUCUGAUCAGAGCUGAAUGAAUAGCAAUGGAGAGUGGUCAUUCAUUUCCUCAUUCUGCUUUGUUCCGGUGUAUUUGCCACUAGUAUGUGAAUCUGUGAAAGACAGUAAGUAUGUUGUUCGAGAUUACGCAUAUUGAAAAUGUGCCAGACUGAAUGACAUGACACGCUGUUCCAAGUUGUCAAAUGAGGGUUUGCAAGGUCAUGGAAAUGAAUUAAAUAAUAGUUUUUAAUGUAGUUCAUGAAAGCACACUUAAAUAUGAUAAAUAUAAACUACAUAUCAGCCAUUAUCGGAAUGGCCCUUCAGUGUAUGUCUGUCGUGCUGUGUGCCAGUGUGAGUGGUCCGUUGCAGGAGGAGAGGGAGCGCGACGUUUCAGCAGCAGGUAGAAAAUAAUGACUGAGACCUAACUAGAUUACCAAUUCAAAACGUAAUUGUAGCAGUUAUCUGUCAUAUAUAUAUAUAUAUAUAUAUGUGUGUAAACAUUCAUACACAUAGCUCAUAUAUAUUAUACAGCGCCAAGCCAAACCGCCUGACUCAAGUCAUCUUACCUUCCUGUUAAAACAGGAACUAGCUCACACAGCCAGCAAUAAAACUACCCCCCUAACACUAUCCCCUCAGCUUUGUUGUCUUACCACCCCAGGAAACAAAGACAUUACAUCGCAAGAACACAUACACCCAGCCAUAAAACUGACCCCCUCUGUUCUCUUCUUUCACGACUCCCUCUGCUCUCCUGUAUCAGAUUUCCUGACACACAAAUACCUUCUUGCAUGAACACACACACCUUACUCCCACCUUUACCGGUCGGGUGCUCAGAGAACAAGACUCUGCUAUGCACCAAUGGGGCCCGCUCUGGCUAGAGCAAGGCCCGCCUCCAACUCUUUGUGACCAGUCAGAAGACCAAAACGACAAGACUCCACCUACUUUAUUCCAUGCAUAAAAAUGAAUGUAACCUUUGUAUAAGGCCUCUUUUUCACCUCACUCCUUGCCGAGUUAUAUGAACUAGAUCCGUGCACGUAAAACUGCGGGACAAGAUAUCUUUGACUCAUUAAAACUGUCUUUUGUUACAACUGAAA